AAGUUGUAAUGAUUUGCCUCUAAACUCCGCCACCAGCGGAACCAUCUGUGGAACUCUCCAUAAAAUCUGACGCUUCUGUUGCGACCUGUGGAAGGAAGAUUGGCUCACUGACGUCAACUCAUCUAUCUGUUUCCCUACUGUCGUUGUUUUCAGUUCUUCCAAAAUAUGGACCAAAAAACUUCACACGAGAUCGUCAGUCGUUUUAAUGUACCAGGGAACUCACCAGAUAAAGUGAUAGAGACCUACUCUGAAUGGGCUCAACAUUAUGAUGAGAUUAGUGUUUCAUUGAAGUACAUUGGCCCCGAAUUAGCAGCCAAUGAGGUGGCAGCCAGAAUCCCUCAAGAGAAGCGAGGCACCAUGAAAGUCAUUGACAUUGCUGCUGGGACGGGAAGAGUUGGUCGACUGCUGAGAGACAAAGGGUUCUCAAACAUUGACGCCCUAGAGCCAUCGAAGGGCAUGUUGGAUGUGCUAAAGAAAACAGGAGCGUAUACGAACACGUACGUAGAGUUCCUGGGAGUUGGACAAAAUUCAGUCCCUGAAGAUACGUAUGACGUCCUAGUCAUGGCGGGUGGUUUUGCAGAAGGCCACAUACCUGUCAGUGGAAUUGAUGAUAUGAUCAGAAUAACAAAACCUGGAGGACUGGUCAUCAUCGCAAUGAGGAAGAGCUUCCUACGCUGCGAGGAAUACAAGGACAGGUUGAUUCCUUACAUGGAUGAGAUGGAAAGGCAAGGAAAGUGGAUUAAGGUAAUCUCAACACCAAAACCAUGAUCAUCAGUGUCACUAACUUUAUCAGCAUUAUUUUCAGGAAGACGUUGAAUUCGUCGAUGAAUAUGUUGUCAAUGAGAUUGGAAUUCGUUUUACAUACAAAGUUGUGUAAGUUCUUUCUGUUUAUCAAUUAACCAAAAAGGUGAUAUAAUCCAUUUCCUGUUCCAUUUAAAGGAAUUUUAAUAAAACUCCAGCAAAU